CACCCUGGGGCCCCCUGCUCUGGAGGGGCAGCGGGUCGGGCGGGUGGGGAAAAGCCAAAGAACCCGCCUGAGGCAACCUCGAAGCCCCAAACCCCAAGACCCCACCGGUCAGCUAUCGGCCGGUUGCUAAGUGACGCCAGCGCGCAAACGCGCGUGCGCGGCCACGGCGGUGUGCGUGAAAGCGGACGCGCGCCGCGGUGGCGGCGGCGAGGACGGCGGCGACGGCAGCGGCCGAGGGGGCGGUGGCUUCGAGCCGGGUGCGGAGCAGGCGGAAGAGGCGUCUGUGCCGCCGGCCAGGUCGCAGAGGAACAUCGUUGGGAUCAGCGACUAUCAUCAGUUCUACAAGAUGAGUAACAGCCAUCCUCUUCGCCCCUUUACUGCAGUGGGGGAAAUUGAUCAUGUGCACAUUUUGUCUGAACAUAUUGGUGCCUUGUUAAUUGGGGAGGAAUAUGGUGACGUCACAUUUGUUGUGGAAAAGAAACGAUUUCCUGCCCACAGGGUAAUUUUAGCAGCCAGGUGCCACUAUUUUCGAGCAUUACUGUAUGGUGGAAUGCGAGAAUCUCAGCCUGAAGCAGAAAUCCCUCUCCAAGACACCACUGCAGACGCGUUCACAAUGCUACUCAAAUACAUCUACACUGGUCGGGCAACGCUGACAGAUGAGAGGGAGGAGGUGCUGCUGGACUUCUUGAGCCUAGCUCAUAAAUAUGGAUUUCCAGAGCUGGAGGAUUCUACUUCUGAGUAUCUCUGUACCAUACUUAACAUUCAGAAUGUCUGUAUGACUUUUGAUGUUGCCAGUCUCUACUCGCUUCCCAAGUUAACUUGUAUGUGCUGCAUGUUUAUGGACAGGAAUGCUCAGGAGGUGCUCUCAAGUGAAGGUUUCCUCUCCCUUUCUAAGACAGCACUUUUAAACAUCGUAUUAAGAGAUUCAUUUGCAGCUCCUGAAAAAGAUAUUUUCCUAGCCUUGUUAAACUGGUGUAAACACAAUUCAAAGGAGAAUCAUGCUGAAAUCAUGCAGGCUGUGCGUUUGCCUCUGAUGAGCCUCACUGAACUUCUGAAUGUUGUGAGGCCUUCAGGACUCUUGUCUCCUGAUGCCAUUCUGGAUGCUAUUAAAGUACGAUCAGAGAGCCGGGAUAUGGACCUCAAUUAUAGAGGCAUGCUCAUACCAGAAGAAAACAUUGCAACUAUGAAGUAUGGAGCCCAGGUUGUAAAAGGGGAGCUGAAGUCUGCCUUAUUAGAUGGUGAUACUCAAAAUUAUGAUUUGGAUCAUGGAUUUUCUAGGCACCCAAUUGAUGAUGACUGCCGUUCAGGCAUCGAAAUUAAGCUAGGUCAGCCAUCCAUUAUCAAUCACAUACGGAUACUCCUGUGGGACCGGGAUAGCCGGUCUUAUUCAUACUUCAUUGAAGUAUCAAUGGAUGAACUUGAUUGGAUCAGAGUGAUAGAUCAUUCUCAAUAUCUGUGUCGUUCUUGGCAAAAGUUAUAUUUUCCAGCCCGGGUCUGCAGGUAUAUUCGAAUCGUUGGGACUCACAACACAGUGAACAAGAUUUUUCACAUUGUGGCUUUUGAAUGUAUGUUUACAAAUAAAACCUUCACUCUCGAGAAGGGACUGAUAGUUCCUAUGGAGAAUGUUGCAACAAUUUCUGAUUGUGCCAGUGUGAUUGAAGGAGUCAGUCGGAGCCGAAAUGCCUUGCUGAACGGGGACACUAAGAAUUAUGACUGGGAUUCUGGCUACACAUGUCACCAGCUAGGAAGUGGUGCAAUUGUGGUUCAACUGGCACAGCCGUACAUGAUUGGGUCAAUACGGUUACUACUUUGGGACUGUGAUGAUCGAAGCUAUAGCUACUACGUGGAGGUUUCUACCAACCAGCAACAGUGGACAAUGGUUGCCGACAGAACUAAAGUCUCCUGCAAGUCCUGGCAGUCAGUAACUUUUGAGAGACAGCCUGCCUCCUUCAUCCGCAUCGUUGGAACACACAACACAGCAAAUGAGGUGUUCCACUGCGUCCACUUCGAGUGUCCGGAGCAGCAGAACAGCCAGAAGGAGGAAAACGGCGAAGAGUUGGGGACAGGGGACACCAGCCUGGUCGGUCAGCAGCUUGACCCGCACGCCCUGCGGGCCCCCAGCAGCAGCUCACUGCCCCCCAGCCCGCGCUCCAACUCGCGCUCGCCCAACCGGCAGCACCAAUAAAGGAGGCAGGGGCCUGGUGUGACUCAUGGGCCCAGUGACAGCAGGAAACAGUGUGUCCUCCCUGAGCAGGGGCCUUUGUUGACUGUCCCCACCCCACUCCUGGCUGCAGAAGCAGACGCAGAACAGGUUUUCUCCCAAGGACAGAAAGGGGCUGCCUUGUUCUCCUCGAUUUGCUCGGUCAGGCUGGUCUCCCGGGAGACGCGGGUCCUCAGUCUUCACCAGGUCCCGUCCGCGCGCCUGUCCGCUCCGCCAGGCGGGCGCAGGAAGCAGAGGGCGCGUGCGGGGACCCUGCUGGCCGGAGGCUGGGUUUCCGCACUCGUUCACUUGCAUGGGACACGUUGCCCUGGCAACUACGUGAUUUCUUAUUUCUUGUAGUUAUUCUCCAUUUGCCGAAUCAUAGGUGUUCCAGAUCUUUUUGAAAUGCUCUAACAGCAAAUCACUUGUUUUCAUCCCUUUCGACGCUGUAAUUCCCCUCCCCUGGUUUUGUGCACGUCUCCUCGUGACACGCACCCGGGCGCGUCCGGUCGGGCGCGGAGGAGCCUCUGAGGAGGUUCGACACAAUACACAGUGAGCAGAGCAGCCUGUGGACAGAGUUAGUGACCACGCGAUCGCUGAGUUAUCAACCUGUCAUUCCGGAAACGCACCCAGCCUGCAAGCUGGGGCGGCUGACAGGAAACGGUCGCUGUGCUGGGUGCAGGUGUCCCACGUGGCCGCCCGGGUCUGGCGGGCUUAGCUGCCCUCGGGCUUUGUUUAGUUCAGGAGGCAGCCGCCGCCCGGCAGCGUCCCACGAGCAGGGGCUCUGUGGCCUGGAGGUGGCUGCCAGGCCCCUGCGCUCGGCGGGCGGAGCGGCCGCUCUGAGCAGCUUUCCUCCUAGUCACCAUCACAAGGGUCUCGUGUGACUGCUGCAGCUCCGUCUGGCUCUGCCUCUGUGAUCUCUAUCCCAGUGCACCUGGCCCUGGUCACUGCUCGGCCACCGUCUGCCCUCUUGCUGUCCCCAGACUCCCGCCGCCUCCGGACAGUGUGGCCAAGAGGGGUCACGGGGUCCUCGGUGGUCCUGCGACCCUGCUGGGAGCAGGGGUGAGGGCUCCGGGCCUGCUUUCUGGCGUCUCAAAGACACAUUGGCUGGGGGUGCAGGAAGAGCCAGCGGGUCAGCUGUUUUCUCCUAGUUUAACUUAGUGUCGAGUGAUUUACCCGUGUUGCAAUAGUGGGGUGGCGUCAAACUGCGUGAUUAAACGAACGGUUGUCUUUCUGCGUGAGCACAGCAGCAGCACACAGAGGGUCCCUGGGUGGGGGACAGCUGCUCCUGGGGGCAGAAGCCACGGUCCCCUCCCUCCCCCGGCUCUGCGUGUGGGUGAGCGGACGUCUCCCCCAGCCGCACCAGGCAUUCCAUAAUGAGAAGAGGUUCCAGGGACAAAUGGCAGAUGGUGGGGCGUCCGCCGGCCGUGGGGCCUCCUGCACGUCACUGCCCGUCAGCACCCAGCAGUCACCGGCUAGCACAGAGCUCCUGCCCCUCAGCACGCCCUCACACGGCAUCCCCUGCCCAGAUGGGACAGGGCCAGAUCAGGCAUAGCGAGGGCAGAGUUCAAAUGCCUCGAAAGAUCGGUUCAAGGACUUCUUUCUGGACGUAGAAGUUGCCUGUCCAGGGGCCCCGGGCCUGGAGCGCUCUUCUGACCCGGGGACGAGGGGUGGCUGGCACAGGCCGGCAGAGGCACGCACCGCGCAGCCUGGCCCAGGCCACAGCGGCGGCUCCUGCCCCCUCCUGGCCUCGGCAGCUUCCUUCUGUCUUCCAGCACUUUAGAGAUGCCCCUUAUUAUCAGGUAAAGAGAAGUAAGGGGACAGCGGGGCGGGACGUCAGCGGGAAGGACCGAGGGCAGGUCUCACACCCCACCCCGCUGUGGCUGCCACUCACUCAGACGGAGGCCUGGUCUCUGCUCCCUUGCCGGGCCGCGCGGGUGCCUUGAUGGGCUUUCUGAUUCGGGGCAGGAGGCUCUCGUACACGCAGCGGGGCCGGGACACCACAGUCAAGGUGUGUCACAGCAGACACAGGGCGAGGCCAUCGUCUCCAGGUAACGGGGAUGAGAGGGCAAGAAAGGUCCCCAGACGGCCCCCAGAAAUGGGUGUUGCCAGAACUCCCCCACCCCCGCCCUUCAUUUCUUAGCAUGUUUUUUGGGAGAGUAGAAAGAAAACUUCAUUGGGGCUUUUGGGGGAAGCCUUCAAAGUCACCUUUGGCAGCUCCUGGGAGGGCCAUUUGGGGUGGGGUCCCAGCAGCUGGCUCCCGGCGGGACAGUCCUAGAGGCAGGCCUUGCUGCGAGCACUUGCGACAUGGAUGAGAACAAAACAGCUGUGCAGACAUCUCUCUCUCACAUACACACGCACACUUGUUCUCCCGUUUUCUGAGUGCUUUUUCUGUUUUUAUUCUUCUGAUUUUAGUUAGAACCAUGUGCUGUGAUGGAUGUGGGACUCUUCUCCAUUGCUCUUUAAAUUGUCACUUUUUAAAUCUUAUUAAAUGAAGUGUUGAUUCCUGA